AUGGAAGCAGCAGAUGAGGAGAGCCCACUGCUGAGCCAUCCCUGCCUGCGUCCACAGCCACAGGACGAAUAUUCAAGGUACACGAGCGAUGGAACGGUUGAUGUCAACAGACAGCCUGCUCUCAAGCACAGCACCGGCAACUGGAGAGCAUGCUUCUUCAUUCUAGGCGCCGAAUUCAGCGAAUGCUUGUGCUUCGCCGCCGUCGCCAAGAACUUGGUCACCUACCUCACCAGUCACCACGGUGCUCCACGAGAGCAACGUCGACGCCGCGAGGAACGUCUCCACCUGGGUCGGCAGCUGCUUCCUCACGCCGAUACUCGACUGUUGCAGUGUUCCUCUCUGUCUACAUCUUUCAUUUCUGAAACUUUUUCAUUGACAAUGUGCCAGGGGAUGUUCAUCAUGACCUCAUCGCCGGCGCUUCCGUGGCUCCUGCCUCGUUCCUCCGACGAGAGCGGCGGUGUCCAUCGUGCCGCCGUCUACCUGGGGCUCUACCUUGUCGCCCUCGGCACCGGCGGAAUCAAGCCCUGCGCCACGGCCCUGGGCGCGGAUCAGUUCGAUGGCGCCGACCCGGCGGAGCGGGUGGCCAAGGGCUCCUUCUUCAACUGGUACUACUUCUCCAUCAACAUCGGCUCGCUGCUGUCGGCGACGUUGCUCGUCUGGGUGCAGGACAACAUCGGGUGGACCGUCGGGUACGCAAUCCCGACGGUGCUCAUAGGAUUCGGCCUCGCCGUGUUCGUCUCCGGUGGGAAGAUUUACAGGCACAAGCCACUGGGGGUGGGAGGUAGCCCACUGACAAGGGUCUGCCAGGUGGUCGUCGCUGCCGCGAGGAAUUGCCGUCUCGAGCUGCCCGAUGACACCUCGGCCCUGCACGAAAAUGGCAUGGCUCAGCACACCAGGCAAUUCCGGUUCUUUGACAAGGCCGCGAUCGUGCUGGUGUCGUCGGAGAAGAAGGGCCCGUGGCGGCUCUGCACGGUGUCGCAGGUGGAGGAGCUAAAGAUGCUGCUGCGGAUGUCACCCGUCUGGGCAUCGAUGCUCGUCUUCUUCGCGGUCACCGCGCAGAUGUCAACCACGCUGAUCGAGCUUGGCAUGACCAUGGACAACCGCGUCGGCGGUUUUGUCGUGCCGCCGGCAUCGCUCUCCACAUUUGACCUCGUCAGCGUCCUCAUCUGGGUUCCCCUCUACGACGCCGUGCUGGUGCCGCUCGCACGGCGCGUCACCGGCGAGCACAGGGGAUUCACGCAGCUGCAGCGCAUUGGCGUCGGCCUCGCGCUGUCCGCGGCCGCCAUGGCGUACGCCGCGUCGGUCGAGACGAGGCGGCUGGCGUCGGCGAGCUCGAUGAGCAUCAUGUGGCUGGCGCCGUGCUACUUCGUGCUGGGCGCGGCCGAGGUGUUCACCAGCAUCGGCAUGCUCGAGUUCUUCUACGAUCAGUCCCCAGUAUCCAUGAAGAGCUUGGGCACGGCCCUCGCGCAUCUUGCCGUCGCUGGCGGGAGCUACCUCAACUCCGCCCUGCUCGGCACCGUCGCGUCUGCCACGGGGUGGAUCUCGGACAAUCUCGACCAAGGCCACCUGGACAACUUCUUCUGGUUCAUGGCGGCUCUCAGCAUGCUCAACCUGUUGCAGUUCGUUUACUGCUCCAUCAGAUACAAAAGCUAA